UAUUGGAUUUGCAGUAUAUAUAUAAAAAUGCAUUACCCUUAAAUAUUGUAGAACAUCUCUAUAGCAGUAUGUGUUAGAGUAUGUGUAGUUGUAUCAACUACAAACAGACUCAUCCUCUGAAAAUUUUCUAUAUCACAUAACUAUAUUAUUUAAGAUAUUUUCACCAGUUCUAGAUAUAUAAAUGAACUGUAGUUGCAGGAAUUGAAAUAUUAACUUACUUUAUAUUGGAUUUGCAGUAUAUAUAAAAAUGCAUUACCCUUAAAUAUUGUAGAACAUCUCUAUAGCAGUAUGUGUGGCCCUUUAUUAAUAAUACAAAGUACAUGAGAUUUAAGCAGAUGGUUAACAAACACCCAUAUACUGAGAAUCAUCAUGUCUUCCAUGAAGGUAUAGAGUAGGUUGUUUCAGAUUUACACAAGUGCUGUCAUAUAGAAUAUAGAUUCAGUGUUAGUGUGAAAAUCAUAUGCAGUCAUAGAGCACCUCCUCCUCCCAGAAUCCUUGGAAAAAUAUAGACAAAGAAUGAGCGAUAGGUAAGGAAACAAAGCAAGAGAGGAUGAUGGCAGUAGAAGCACAUCAUUUUUAAGAAGGAUAAAUAUUAGAGUAACAAAGGAUUUAAUAAUGAUAAAGGGCAAGCAAAAAUCACACUGACUCUAGCACACAUAUAACCACAUUCCUGUACACAACCCAACCUUCUCUCUCUGGGGUAGGAGGGAGGGGGGAAAAUCAUCUUAAAAUAUGCCAACAAAUCUCCUCCCAUCCAAUAGAGAUGUAGUAAUUUAUCCGGAUUAACCAAGUAGAGAGCAGCAUGUGGGAGAGAUUGAGCUAGUGAGAAUCAGAGAGAGAGUUUGUGUGUAGGAGAAAGUGAUGGAGAGGUAGAGUGAGAUUCCACAAGGGAAAAAGAGACACAGCAGGCUUUGAAGGGUGGGGGGGGGGAGCUAACUGAACAAGUGAGAGAGACAAAGGCAGGGAGGUGUGCAAGGGAAAGGGUGCCUGAAAAAGUGUGGCAGAUGAUAUACUAGACGUAAUGAAAGACAAGGGAGUGAAAGCAGAUAGAGCAGGAUGUCGCUUGGAGGAAUGAACUGGUGAAUGUAAGAAAAGGAAGGUGGAAGGAGAGCAUGAAAUGGCAGGCAGGGAGAAAUAAGCAGGACCUAAAAGGCUGGUGGUUGACGGAGAUUCCGGUUCUCUUAGUGGAGGUGCACAUUCAGCACCAUCAGUCAUUUCAGCACUGGACAGCGCCAGGCAGAGGGAGGGGAGACAGAGCUCAGGAAUGAGAUAUAUAGAGUGGGGGUCCCUACUGGAUAUAUUAUAUGCAAUAUAUACAUUUCGUGGGACUCUAGUGUACUGAGGGAAUUGAUAAAGCCCACGACGGGGUUGUAGUUUAGCGAAUGCUUACGCAGUAGGGUUGAUGCUCUAAUCCGUUUCUGUUUGGAAAGAGGUGAGUGAUGUGCUUUAGUGGAAGGUGGGGUAUAGUUAUGUGUUAGGUAGAUGCCGCAUGGCCCCUGACAAGUUUGGGGUGACCUGAGGACAGCAAACCAGUCAGGAAGGGGGGCUCUUUCCGUGCCCCAGCAAGGAGACAUGCUACAAACUAAGCAGUGACCAGUAGGAUUAGUGUAAGGUUAGGAGAAGGGAGCAGGCUCGAUCCUCCCCGGUGUCCCAGUUGAGCACAGCGGGGGAAGAAGCAGACGUGAUGGGCGAGUGGACAAUCUUGGAGCGCCUGCUGGAGGCUGCUGUGCAGGAGCACUCUACUAUGAUAGGAAGGAUCCUGUUGACUGUAGUGGUUAUAUUCCGGAUUCUUAUUGUGGCGAUCGUUGGAGAGACAGUCUAUGAAGAUGAGCAGACAAUGUUCAUGUGCAAUACACUUCAACCUGGUUGUAACCAAGCGUGCUAUGAUCGAGCAUUUCCCAUUUCUCACAUUCGCUACUGGGUCUUUCAGAUCAUUUUGGUUUGCACACCCAGUCUCUGCUUCAUUACCUACUCUGUGCACCAGUCAGCCAAGCAGAAAGAACGGAGAUAUUCCUUUCUCUAUCCCUUAAUGGAGAAGGAACUCCCAAGAGAUAACAAGAGAAUGAAAAAUAUUAAUGGGAUUUUAGUGCAAAACCAGGACAUUUCCUCUAAAGACGAGCCAGAUUGCCUGGAGGUUAAGGAAAUUCCAAACACUCCUAAGAAAGUUGUUAAGAGUGCAAAGGUCAAGCGACAGGAGGGAAUUUCUCGAUUCUACAUUAUCCAGGUCUUCUUUAGGAAUGCUCUAGAGAUUGGAUUUUUGGCUGGACAAUAUUUUCUGUAUGGCUUCAGUGUGCCUCCAAUCUUUGAGUGUGACCGUUACCCUUGUGUGAAGGAGGUAGAGUGUUACGUUUCAAGACCCACUGAAAAGACUGUCUUCCUUGUCUUUAUGUUUGCCGUCAGUGGCAUCUGUGUCCUCCUAAACUUAGCUGAACUUAACCACCUUGGGUGGAGAAAGAUCAAGACAGCAAUGAGAGGGGUUCAAGCACGAAGAAAGUCAGUCUCCGAUGUACGCAAAAAGGAGCCAUCAACACUGGCCCAGGUGCCUACAUUAGGUAGGACACAGUCCAGUGAGUCGGCGUACGUUUGACAUACACUUUGACAAUUCUUUACGUUCUUGCUACAUGGUGUAAAAUUAUGUGAAGACAAAACAUCAAUAUAGUGCUAUAUCAAUGUGGUCUUCCAGCCACCUAUAGAGCUCCUCAGGAACUAUAUUGAAAAAGCCUUUAUAAUAAAUAUGCUGCCACCCAUCUAGCAUCCAGUAUAGUGAGGGAGUUUCCCCGCAGCAAGGAUGGGAUUGGAGAGGCAAGUUUUGUGCAAUUUCUUUAAUGACAACAGUACCAUUAAUUGUAUAUAGUUUAUUAACACUGUACUAAUCGGUUCUCAAGCAGAAGCUUUUUCCUUUGUCUUGAAAGAAACAUUAAUCAAAAUUAAAAUAUCAAGUAGGUACAUUACAUCCAUGGUAUUUUGCAAUCUAUAAAACCCAGUAUCCCUAGUAAGAUAAUGUAAUUUUAGAUCAAAGAGUCUUGAGCUUAGCAUCUUUAUUCUGAAACACAUGCUUAGCAGUAUGAUUGCUUAAAAUCUCAACAUUUAGGCAUUAUAGAACAUGGUUAUCAGCCAUCAUUUAGAAUGGCUUGCAUGUAUAGCUGAAUGAAGAGUCAAAUCUCCUGCACUGAGCAUUUAUCCUUACUUCCUCCAAUAUCGACCUAAUAUAUAUCUGGUAUGGUUUAUAUAGUAGUAUAAAUUAUGGCAAGAUCUGGUCUAUUAACAAUGUCUUGCCCAGCUGUCAUUUGGUUGGUGCUGCCUAAAAUGCACUUCCUAAUAACCUUGUAUGGCAGCUAAAAGGAGAAUUAUGCCUAGAGUUGACUUUUCUUUCUGUUUAGGAGCUCUGGGUUAGUGCACUAACACAGGAAAAGCCAUAAUACAAGAAAGGUAAUUUAAAUGCAGUGAACAAAAGUAUUUAAUGGGGAGGGGGUGUUGAUUCCUCUCACGACUGUUAUAUACCUCUCACCUCCCACGCACUGCUAACUCCUCUCCUCUCACACAUCACCUGUUCCAAAAACAGAGUUGCCAAUUGCAAAACCUGAAAGAAACACAUUUUUUUCCUUUCAUCUUAGGUAAUUUCACAUAUAAGUAGCAGGAGAAGGGGGUUGUCUUGUUUCACGAAUAAAUAAAUGUGAGAAAGUGAAAGGAAACAACGAGGGAACAAAAUAGUUUUUGUAAAAGGUACUUGAAAUCCCCACAUAAAACAUUUAUCAUGCACAUAAAAGUAGGGAGGGGUGUGUGUAUGGAUGCUGGGUUUUCAUUUGGAGGGGUUGAACUUGAUGGACUUUGUCUUUUUUCAACCCAAUUAUGUAACAUUCUACAGAAAUCCUGCAUUGUAACUUUAUGUGGGGUUCCUUGGAGAGACCAAAACUGAAGGUGACCAUUUGCAACAUAGAAAUUUGUAAAAAAAAAAAAAAAAACUCUGGCUCUAGCCCCCACCAGUUUUUAGGUAAUAUUUCACGCAUUUAAUUUCACAGAUUCUGCAUGAUGUAACCUUGAUGUCAUAGUCACUGGUGUCUUAAAGGGCCACUUCCAGGACAAAAAAUAAUGGCCAAUUUCAGGGAAGAGUUUUCCUCCUAAAAGAUUACUCUCUCAGUUCAUUCUGUAUGUGGCCACUUUCUGAUACUGAAUAUUGAGAUUAAGGUCCACAGCUAUCACUGCGCAAGCACACCAGAAAUAUACAUGCAGCUACUAUAUCAUCUUCCAUUCUGCCAGGUUCUUUUUCUCAAAAUCAUAGCUAGAGGCUUCCACAAAAACUGAUGACCAAAUUUUUUGUUCUGGUAUUUAUACCCUUUAAGGCGCCAGUAAUGAUAAAAUAAGCUUUUUCGAGGUCUUUUUUUUCCAGUUUUGACAGAUAUGUAGAUAAGGUUGUUUUUCCUCUAGGAGGUUGGGAAAAGAAUACUAUAACUCUCAUAUAUUAAGUUCUGUGUCGUUCUGUGGUGAUUACCAUACAUCUUUAAAUGUUUGAAGACUGUUCAACAAAUUUGUAUUUUAGUAUAACUGUCAUUUUGAUAAGGAAGCAAAUUUCUUUUGCAUGAAUUGCAAUGUGCCUGUGAAUCUGUGCAUAGAAUACGCAACAUUUUGCAUGCAAGUUUUUGCCUCACUUCACCUUCUGAUACAUCAGUAGCCUUCACUCAUUGAGUAAAGCAGCGGUGUAUGGCAUCUAUAAAAUGCCCAUAUAUUGGGUAUUAGGGAGUCCCAGAAACUUCAACUAUUGUGCAGUAGUGUCUUUAUGGCAAUAUACAAACCCACACUGAAAGGAACCUUAAUGGUUAUGUUUGUCACAAUAAACAACCAGACUGAGUCACACGCUCACUGAUCAUAAUGGUGCUCUAACACAUUAACCAAAAUGAAUCUCAAGUCUACAUUCCCACACCACUGGGAGGACAAUAAUAUAAAGAUAUGCUAUAACACCAUAACGUGCGUAGAGCCUCCUAUACUCACAAUUGCACAUGCACAGAGGACCGACGUGCAUCCAGCCAGCCUUCCUUACAUAUCUUUAACAUGAUAUUCAUAUGCACAUUGUCGGCUACUCUUAUCUGAUGCACAUACAGCACAGACAAAGUUAAGAUACUAAGGCCAAAUGCAAUAGUUCUACAAAGCCAAAAAUAUUUUUUUUUCCAUUGAACCAUUGUAGAAAAAAACAAUAUGUUUCUCAAUAUGAAGAGGCUGGUUCUCUACAACCAGGUGUUCAUUAAUUUGAAGGCAGCUGCAUAUCCAUAGAGACAAAGUACAAGACAAGUUCUUCAUAGCUACCAUACUCUACUCUGAAUGGGGAUUGAUGGGAGGAAUUUUAUCAACAUGCUUAAUAGGUAGCCUUUUUAUACAGGAAUACAUAAUUGCUUAUUGCCUCUAAGGAAGAAAAAAACUACUUAUUGGUACUUAAGAUAAAAAAUGUCUCACUCAGUUAAGCCAAAAUUCCUUUGGCUGUGUGAUGCAGUUGUCAUAACGAUGAUCGCAAAUAAUUAAAUACUGAUUUAUGCAGAA